UGACGGUCACCAGUGUUCUCCCAUCUGCUUUCUGAGCAUGCGUAGUGUGUUGGUUGUUAGGUUAGGCUUGUUUCUUGUUUUCUGUUUUCAAUUGUUCGUGUUUUGCGUAAUGAGGACUAGAUAUCUAUGAAAUUAAAUGUUGUCACGGAUAUUUAGAGAGACUGAAAAUGCCGCCGUGAAUAGGAAGAGACAGAUUGAUACAUUGAAGAUAUUCAAUGAUCAUGUGACGGAGAUCCAGGAGGAUGUAGAGUAUCGAGUUGAGUUCAGUGCGGGAGGACAUGGUAUGACCAUCCAGGUGUCACUGCCUCCAGAGUUCCCGCUCGAGAAGCCUGUGCUCAAGGUCUCGCCUCAGAUUGACCACCCGUGGGUCAAUGAGCAGUGCAAGGUUGUAAGUGCACCAGGGCUUUUGAAUUUCACAGUUCACUCCGAUCUGGGUCGCGUUGUGCAGGCGAUAAUCCGGGAGUUUGAACGCAGACCCCCUCCUCUUGUUGGAGAUGCGGGUGGAGGAACAUCCACCACACAUCAUACGGGUGAGAAUGGACAAGAGUCAUGCACCAGUGGCCGCACAUCCCCACCGUACAUGAUGCUGGCAUUUGCUCAGCAGCAGCAGCAGCGAGUCCUCUCAUUUCCAGAGCUGCUAGAUCUGUCAGCUGCAGAACUGGAGCAUCUGAGCCAGAGCGAAGACAGAUUGGACGAGUUUAUUGACAAGCUGCCUCCUGUGCUGAAGCUGAAUAAUGCAGUGGAGGACAUGAUCUCCAAGAAUGAAGAGCUAGCUAAGGAAAACCUGACAAAGGAGCCACAGUUGGAGAAACUGAGGUACGGCGUACAAGACAAACUGGAGGCGCUUGCCAUCCUGAAGGAUUCAUAUGAAAGUCUGAGCCAGGAGUACCAGCGCUUGUCAGACAAAUAUGCUCCGAGCAGUAUCAAGGAGUCUCUCAGGUUGGCAGCCUUGCACAGUGAUGAAGAGAGUGAACAGAUUGCAGAACAAUUCCUCAGUGGCAAGAUCAGUGUAGAGCAGUUUGUGAGCAUGUACCUUCAAAAACGAACUCUGAGCCAGACAAGGAAAACCAAAGAAGAGAAAUUGGGCAGUCAGUUGAAAGAGUUGGAGAGAGCAGGGUACUAAGGUUCAGGACCACAAUCAUCACACAAUUGGUGCUGAGAUAGUGUGCAGUACAUCCUUCAUUUUCAUCAGCAGUGCUGUCCUACAACAUAUCUGUAAUUAUUUGGCAUAGAAUACUCGAUCUGUGCUCAUUAGUGUAACUUCAGAUUUGAAAACUAAGUGCAGUUCAUGUAUUUUGAUUAAACAUACUUAAUUGUAUUGGUGAAGUUUGUAUAUAUAAGUAUAGCAUAAGUAAUUAGACAAAAAACAGUUGAACUGUAUGUGGUUUUUGCAUGAAUAUUCAAGAGGAAGAGAGUAAAAAGUAAAAAAGGC